CUCCUGAGCCCCGUGAUAAAUUUCGCGUUCGAGCGGUGGCUUAAGAAUCCGCAUUCCUUCUUAACGGAAAUGAGCACGCUUUCGUUAGUCCGUUCGUGUAGGCUGAAACACAUUCCCAUAUCCAACCAACUCCGUUUGAUCUUCAAUUAUCCGUCAGAGUGCGACGGGAUUUGGAGGGAUAAAUUCGUCAAGGCCGAGAACGCGAGACUCAACCCCAACUUUAAGCAAAGCUUGCGCUCGUUGCGCGUGCUGGCCAAGCUCGUUCGCGCCCUUGUUCAAGGGCUCAGGCUCGAGCACGAUUCCCGAGGAAAACCGAACUUGUGGUUGUACCGGGAUGCGGUGAGAACGAAAGCCGGGAAGUUGUUGAUAAGCCGAGGAAACUUUGGGGCGUGGGGUUUCAAUACGGAGCAUUUGGAAAGGAUGGUUUGGGAUUUGACGCUGACUAACUUGGGAAUCGACAAUGCAUUCUAUUGUGGAAAUGGAAAGAUUGCUAUGGAAGACCGCAUGGUUCACUUAGCUUAUACAGACGAGGAAUUAGCUACCACUUUAGCACACGAGUGGCAAUGCAUUGAAGGGAACCCCCAAUUUGCAUUGUUGCCCUUUCUCCUAAUUCCGUGGACUUCACCCUUUUGGGCCUCGAUAAUACUCUUGCGCGUAUGCGACUUGAUGCUUUACAUGCUCCGAAGGCUUAUGUUGAUGGCCUCGGCUGGUUACGACCCUAGGCUUGUGCCGGAUUUUGUCAAGAAAAAGGAAAUCAAGUGGGAUGACGGUUAUAAGUAUCUAUUGGACACGAAUCACCCUUGUCACGGGCGAGUAGCCGAGAUGCUGAGCCAAGAGACAGUGAUGGAUAAGGCGGUCGAAAUAUACGAGAAAGUUCGGGCUGCAGGCCAAGUACCGAGCUUUGUUGAGGGAAGGGAAAUUAAUUUUUGCAGCAGGCUUUUCAACACUUUUUCAGUUACUCAAUGCCCGUAUCACUAUAAUCCCUAG